AUGUCGGGAGAAGAAGAGCUUGCGCUCAGGGACGUAAAGCAUGCCGGCCUGGUGGUGAGCGACCGGAUAGGGAGGGAAGUCGCUACUCAGCUUGACCUUGAAGAAUCCCUAGAGGCUUCUCGAUACUCCAGCCAUCCUUACUCUACUCAUCCAAGAGAGUGGCCUCCUUUGGUAGAAGUAACAGAUACAUGGGAUCUGCCCUCUGUACUUAUUGAGAGGUAUAAUUCGACUGGUCGAGAAGGAACUGCUUUCUGUGGGAUAUUUCCAGAGAUACGGCGGGCAUGGGCAUCUCUUGAUAAUUCUUUGUUUCUCUGGCGUUUUGAUAAAGGGGAUGGUCAAUGCUCAGACUACAACACUGAAGAACAAGCUAUUUGUGCUGUUGGCCUUGCUAAAACCAAACCUGGAGUUUUUGUUGAAGCAAUCCAGUAUGUCUUAGUCCUUGCAACUCCGGCUGAGUUGAUUCUUGUUGGAGUAUGCUGUUCUAGCAGGGCUGAUGGCCUUGAUCCUUAUGCGGAGGUUUCACUACAACCUUUGCCUGAGUAUUCGGUACCAUCUGAUGGGGUUACCAUGACUUGUAUUGCUUCUACUGAUAAUGGUCGUAUCUUCUUGGCUGGGCGUGAAGGCCACAUUUAUGAGUUGCAGUACAGCACCGGUUCUGGGUGGCAUAAGCGGUGUAGAAAAGUUUGCCUUACAGCUGGAGUUGGUAGUGUGAUUUCUAGGUGGGUUUUGCCAAAUGUCUUUAAGUUUGGAACUGUUGAUCCCAUUGUUGAAAUGGUUUUUGACAAUGAAAGACAUACUUUGUAUGCCCGAACUGAAGACAUGAAACUUCAGGUUUUCUUUGUAGACCCAAGUGUAGAUGGACCUGUGAAGAAAGUGGCCGAGGAAAGGAAUUUGUUUAGUCAGAGAGACAUUCAUCAUGGAGGUAGACUACCAACAGGAUCAAGGACCCCAAGCAGAUCAGGGAAGUCAUCAAUUGUUUGCAUUUCACCUUUAUCCUCCUUGGAAUCCAAGUCCUUGCACCUAGUUGCUGUUUUAUCUGAUGGGAGAAGAAUGUAUCUUUCCACUUCUUCAUCCACUGGCGGUAAUGUUGGAUUCAAUGGUAGUAGUGGGAAGCCUCAUUGUUUGAAGGUUGUGGCAACUCGGCCUUCUCCUCCUUUAGGGGUAAGUGGGGGACUCACCUUUGGAGCUGUAUCUCUUGCCAAUAGAACUCCGAACGAGGAUCUUUCGUUGAAGGUUGAAGCAGCAUUCUAUUCUACUGGAACUGUUGUCCUCUCUGACUCUUCUCCAGCAGCAAUGACUUCUCUUGUACUUGUGAGCAAGGACACUAGUUCUCAUUCAUCUGUAUCUGGUAAUUUAGGUAGCUCCUCCAGGAGCUCACGUGCUUUGAGAGAGAUUGUAUCUUCUAUACCCGUGGAAGGUCGAAUGCUUUUUGUAGCAGAUGUCCUACCAUUGCCAGAUACUGCUGCCACUGUUCAGUCACUCUAUGCUGAACUUGAGAUUUUUGGACUAAAUGACACAGAGGUGCCCUGUGAAAAGGCUUCUGCUAAGCUUUGGGCUAGAGGUGAUCUUUCCACCCAGCACAUAUUGCCAAGGAGGAGAAUCAUUUUGUUCAGUACUAUGGGGAUGAUGGAAGUAGUCUUCAACAGACCUGUGGAUAUCUUGAGGAAGUUGUUUGAAUCAAAUUUACCUCGGCCUAUGUUGGAAGAUUUCUUCAACCGCUUUGGUGCUUCUGAGGCAGCUGCAAUGUGCUUAAUGUUGGCAGCAAAAAUAGUUCAUUUUGAGAAUCUUAUAACUAAUGUUGUCUCCGAAAGGGCAGCUGAAGCCUAUGAAGACCCAAGACUUGUUGGAAUGCCACAACUUGAAGGUAUCAAUCCGCUGUCAAACACUAGAACAGGAACAGGGGGUUUUAGCAUGGGCCAAAUUGUCCAGGAAGCUGAGCCUGUAUUCUCAGGUGCACAUGAAGGUCUAUGCCUGUGCUCAUCAAGAUUGCUUUUUCCUCUGUGGGAACUCCCUGUCUUUGUCACAAAAGGUGGUUCCGACGCGUCAUGUGAAAAUGUAGUAGUUGUAUGCAGAAUCUCUGUUGGUGCUAUACAAGUCCUUGAAAAAAAGAUCCGUUCUUUAGAGAAGUUUCUGAGAUCUAGAAGGAACCAGAGAAGGGGACUCUAUGGUUGUGUGGCUGGUUUGGGAGACAUGACUGGCUCAAUAUUAUAUGGUUCAGACAUAGAUGCUGGUGACCGAAGUUUUGUGAGAAACUUAUUUGGUGCUUACUCUCAAAACGGUAAUGGCAGCGGACCGUCAAACAAAAGGCAGAGAUUGCCAUAUAGUCCUGCAGAAUUAGCAGCAAUGGAGGUUAGGGCCAUGGAGUGUGUAAGACAGUUGCUUCUUCGAUCUGGUGAAGCUCUCUUUUUGCUACAGCUUCUUUCUCAGCAUCAUCUAACACGUUUGGUUCAAGGGUUUGAUGCUACCCUACGACAGGCUUUGAUUCAGUUGACAUUUCAUCAAAUAGUUUGCUCUGAGGAGGGUGACCGUAUUGCUACCCUGCUAACAACUAAAUUGAUGGAGUAUUAUACUGGUCCUGAUGGCAGGGGAACAGUAGAUGAUAUUAGCGGAAGAUUGCGUGAAGGCUGCCCAAGCUAUUUCAAGGAGGCCGAUUACAAGUUCUUUUUGGCUGUUGAAUGCCUUGAAAAAGCUGCCGUGGCAUCUGAUCCUGUGGAAAAGGAGAAUCUUGGCAGGGAGGCAUUUAAUUUUCUAAGUAAAGUGCCAGAGUCUGCUGAUUUGAGGCCUGUUUGCAAAAGGUUUGAAGAUUUGAGAUUUUAUGAAGCUGUUGUGCGCUUGCCUUUGCAGAAGGCGCAGGCUCUUGACCCUGCGGGUGAUGCUUUCAAUGACCAAAUCGAUACAACCACCAAGGAAUAUGCACUUGCCCAACGGCUGCAGUGCUAUGACAUAGUUGCCAGUGCUUUACGUUCCCUAAAGGUUGGUGGUUCACAGAGGGAUAUUGGACCUCUUGAUCAGACAUCAAGGAAGAAAUAUAUCAGCCAGAUUGUUCAGCUUGGUGUUCAAUCAUCGGACAAACUAUUCCAUGAGCACCUGUACCGGACUAUGAUUGAUUUGGGCCUUGAAGACGAGCUGUUGGAAUUUGGAGGUGCUGACUUAGUUCCUUUUCUUCAGAGUGGUGGCAGGGGAUCCUUACAAGAGGUUGGAGCUCCUUCUGUGGGAACUUCUCCUCCCAUUGGCCAUUCAGGAACAUCAAUCACUUCAAACCAAGUGAAGUAUUUUGAUCUUCUGGCACGGUAUUACGUCUUGAGGAGGCAGCAUGUACUUGCUGCUCAUGUAUUGCUUAGACUGUCUGAGAUACGCUCUACUGAUGCUGGGAAUGCACCUACUUUGGAACAGAGGCAUCAAUAUCUAAGUAAUGCAGUGCUACAGGCAAAGAGUGCAGGUGAUGGUGGUCUUCUUCCUGGCUCAGGCAGGGGUGCUCUUGACAGUGGAUUGCUCGAUCUUCUUGAGGGAAAGCUUGCAGUAUUGAGAUUGCAGAUCAAAAUAAAAGAUGCACUGGAGGCCAUAGGAAGCACAGUUGAAUCCGUAUCGCCCAUGAUCGAAGAAGAACAAAAUGGAACAGCUGCUGAUAAUAACAAUGAUGUGGAGCUGGCCAAAGUUGCAUAUGAGAAGGCUAAAGAGCUCUCCUUGGAUUUAAAGAGUAUAACUCAGUUAUAUAAUGAAUAUGCGGUUCCCUUUGAACUUUGGGAGGUAUGUCUUGAAAUGCUCUACUUUGCAAAUUAUGCUGGUGAUGCUGAUAGCAGUAUAGUCAGAGAAACUUGGGCUAGACUCAUUGAUCGAGCUCUUUCAAGAGGGGGAGUUGCUGAAGCCUGUUCGGUGUUGAAGAGUGUUGGUUCCAAUAUAUAUCCUGGAGAUGAUGCUAUUUUACCUCUAGAAACACUGUGUCUUCACCUUGAGAAGGCUGCACUGGAGAGAGCGGAGUCUGGGACUGAACUGGUGAGUGAUGAAGAUGUGGCAAGAGCACUUAUAGCUACCUGUAAAGGGGCAACUGAACCGGUGUUGAAUGCUUAUGACCAACUGUUAUCCAACGGAGCUAUUCUGCCGUCUCCCAACCUUAGGUUGCGGCUUCUUCAGUCUGUCCUCGUAGUGCUCCGCGAAUGUGCCAUGUCAGCAUUUGCUGAGAGGAUGGGGACAAGUGCUACCGGUGCUUCCUUGAUCUUAGGUGGUUCAUUCUCAUUGGAGCAAACAGCCGUCUUUAACCAAGGGAUGCGCGAUAGGAUCACCAGUGCAGCAAACAGGUACAUGACAGAAGUGAGACGGUUGCCCCUUCCCCAAAGCAAGACAGAGUCUGUUUACAGAGGAUUCAGGGAGCUGGAAACCUCCCUUAUUAGUCCCUUCUCUUUCGAUCGAUAUUGA